AUCAUGGUGUGCAUGAAUGUCUUGGCUGACACUCUUAAGAGCAUCAAUAAUGCCAAGAAGAGGAGCAAACGCCAGGUUCUUAUCUGGCCGUGCUCCAAAGUCAUCGUUCGGUUCCUGACAGUGAUGAUGAAGCAUGGUUACACUGGUGAAUUUGAAAUCAUUGUUGAUCACAGAGCUGGGAAAAUCGUUGUGAACCUCACUGGCAGGUUAAACAAGUGUGGCGUGAUCAGCCCUCGGUUUGACGUGCAGCUGAAAGACCUAGAAAAGUGGCUGAGUAAUGUGCUCCUGUCCCUUCAGUUUGGUUUCAUUGUACUGACGACCCCAGCUGGCAUCAUGGACCACGAGGAAGCAAGACAAAAACACACAGGAGGGAAAAUCCUGGCAUUCUUUUUCUAG